AUGGCCCCUGCCGCCAUCAUCGCCCCUUCCAUUCUCAGCGCGAACUUCGCCAACCUCGGCCAUGAUUGCUCGAAGAAGAUCGAGCAGGGUGCUGACUGGCUCCACAUCGAUAUCAUGGACGGCCAUUUCGUCCCCAACAUGACAAUCGGAUGUCCCGUCGUUUCUCAUAUCCGCGGCUGCGUCGAUCGCCCACUCGAGCCCGGUGCUCGCGGUACCUUCGACUGUCACAUGAUGAUCAUGGAGCCCCAUAAAUGGGUUAAGGAAUUCAAGGACGCCGGUUGCGAUCUGUAUUGCUUCCACUAUGAAGCUGCCGUCUCUUCUGUCGCUGCGACCGAACCCGCCGAUAAGACUACCACUGCACCUACAAGCCCCCGCCAAUUGAUCAAGUAUAUCCACGAGCAAGGCAUGCAGGCUGGUAUCGCCAUUAAGCCGGAUACUUCUGUUGAUGUUUUGUGGGAUAUUCUCGAGAGCCCAGAUCUGGCUGAGCGCCCGGACAUGGUUCUCGUCAUGACUGUGCACCCCGGUUUUGGCGGACAGAAGUUCAUGGCCUCGGAGCUUCCCAAAGUGGCAGCUCUGCGCGCCAAGUACCCUGACCUGAACAUCGAGGUUGACGGAGGACUUGGCGUAGGCACAAUCGACCAGGCCGCAGACGCCGGAGCUAAUGUGAUCGUGGCAGGCUCUGCCGUCUUCGGCGCAGAAGAUCCGGCCGAAGUUAUCGCCAAAUUGCGCCAGGCUGUCGAGAGUCGCCGAUCCAAGGUCUAG